AUGCAUAUCGGUCACGCCGGCAUCGUCUUUCAAGUCAAAGCGCGGGGUCCCUUUCGCAUCUCACCUACCACUACCAUCUUCCCCCGCCAGGCCACGCCUCCACCGAGUCGGCCGCGUUGGCCCGCCCCUCCCACCUAA